UGCCAGCCAGAAUCGAACUGUACAAGGCUGCUACAGUCUGUGCGCUCUGACGUGCUGCUUUGCUCUCCUCUCCAUGCUGUUACAUGCAGCUAUUGUAUUCGCCACGGGAUUUUAGCGAUUCGCUUCACUUUACCUCCCAUGUUUCCAGCGACGAAGGAAUGAAGAGCCUUUGCAAUAAACGAUAUUGACAUGAAGAAGGACAUUGAGGUGCUGAUAGCAGAGGAACGUGCUGAGAUCAUCUCUAAAUAUAAUAAGGGUAGAGACGCAGGAGUUCAGAUCGAUCCUUGGGAGGAUGCAGACUACAGCAUAUACAGAGUCACAGAUCGCUUUGGAUUUCUUCAUGAAGAAGAAUUACCCACACCCAGUGCCCUUGAAGAGAAGCAAAAACUGGUGGAGAUUGAGAGGGUGCAGAAAUGGUUGAAGAUGCUGAAGAACUGGAGCAAGUACAGGAACAGUGACCGGAUGAUUAAGAGGGUGUAUAAAGGCAUCCCACUACAGCUGAGAGGACAGACCUGGGCCCUGCUACUGGAUGUCGAGAAAGUCAAGAGCGACAAUGCAGGAAAAUAUGAGAGAAUGAAGGAGCAAGCCCAGCUGUACUCUCCAGAAAUCAAACAGAUUGACCUUGACAUCAACAGGACCUUUCGAAACCACAUCAUGUUUAUGGAUCGAUUCGGUGUAAAGCAACAGUCUUUGUUCCAUGUGCUCUCUGCGUACUCUGUUUACAAUACGGAAGUGAGUUACUGUCAGGGCAUGAGUCAGAUUGCUGCCAUACUGUUAAUGUUCAUGAAUGAAGAAGAAGCAUUCUGGGCUUUGUCACAGCUCUUAACCAAUCAGAAACAUGCCAUGCAUGGAUUCUUUGUUCCUGGUUUUCCCAAACUUCAGCGUUUCCAAAACCACCACGACCAGAUUCUCUCCAAACUUUUACCCAAACUAAAGAAGCAUUUGGAUAAGGAGCAGAUGUUCAGUGGGAUUUACAGCACGAAAUGGUUCCUUCAAUGUUUUAUUGACCGGACCCCAUUCACUCUGACCUUACGUCUGUGGGACGUCUUCAUCCUAGAGGGUGAGAAAGUUCUGACAGCCAUGGCUUACAACAUCCUUCAGCUCCACAAAAAACGACUGCUUAAGAUGUCUCUGGAGGACCUGAGAGAGUUCCUGCAGGAGAAGAUAGGAGAGUCCAUCUACCUCAAUGAUGACAUUGUCAUAGAGCAACUUAAGGUUUCCAUGUCUGAACUUCGCAAAAUGAAGCUUGACCUCCCACCACCAGCUAAGCCUGAUGAGUUUCCACGGAAGCCUCUGGGUCUGGAGCUGCCUGUCGUUCUGACUCCGGUCAGACGCCCCAAACCGAGCCCCUCAGGAGAUACGCCCAACAAAGCCCAGCUCAUCAAACGGCCACCUGCCUCUCUGCACAUCUCUCUACAGCAGGAGUCCAUCACGCUGGAUGACAGCCUUUCACAGGAAAAGAAGCCUUACAAAGAUGGAGGGACUGACAGCAUGUCUCCCCUCCCCUCACCCGACCCCAUUCUAGUGCACAGCCAGAUUCCCCUCACACCUGAUGGAAUGAUAGGAGCCCCUGAGGACGGCGGAGAAUGGCCUCCUCCAUAUGAACCUCCUGUACCUGAGCCUAAUGAGACCCACAACCAACGAGAGAUGUAUGACCCCACUUCACCUCCAAUUGUGGAUGAUAAGAAGCCUUCACAAACAUCUCAGAACUUGGAGCAGGACACUUCAGAGACAGCUGGAGGCAGUGUGGCGGGUGAUUUACCAUCACACAAUUUCAAAUCUGUUUCAGUGCAGCCUUUUGCCGUUUCCGGUUCUGAAAAUUAUGGGGAUGUUGAAAGUCAAAAUAUGGACAGUUUUUCAAAGAGACUCUCCAUAUCAUGUGAGAUCUCCUCAACAGCGCGUGAGCUGUCAGAGUUACCAGCCAAACGAAUCCCCACAGUGCAUUCAGACCCUCUGUUUCAGCACCCGCCUCAUUCCAGCCGGCACAUGCCCAAAUCAGAGACAUUUUAAGAUGCCAAUUGACUUUUAUUAAAACUGCCUGCCACAUUUGACAGAGAUAAAGUCUUCAUAACAAAAGUGAGCUGGCUCACUGCUUAAUACACAACUCCGCAACCGCCUUGCAACUUUUCUCUCGCACUCUUAGGGUUUGUACAGGACCGCCACUCAAUUACACCACAACACCACUGAUGUCUUUGCAAUUUCUGUCUCCAAAUUUAAGGAAAUAGCUGUAAUGAAAAAAGUAUGAUAUGAUAAGAUAUGUUUUGAACCACGCUAUGCAAUAUGACUGAUUUUCAUUACAGCGAUUUUCCACAUUCAAAUUCAAAUCAACCAUCAGUUAAUAUGCUAUGGCUUGACAGAAUAUUGUCAUUAUUUGUUAAUAUCACAAACCACUCCGUGUUAAAUAAUACACUAGCUUAUCCUUUCUGAUUAGAAGGUAGAGAGAUGUAGUCUGUGGUAAUUUGAAUGGUCAUGAUCAAAGUAGGCUCCGUUUGUCAUGUGAAUUGUUUAUUGAUACCAGCUUUAUGGUAGGAUGCCAAAUUUGUCUACAAGCAAAUAUUUAUUAUUCUGAUAGAAAAAAAAAAUCACUUAAUAGUUUAAUGGAAUGUGCAGCAGUUUGUCAGAGUAAGUUCAUCUCAAAACGAUUUGGCACAGUUUCAUUGAGACAGCUGCAGUGUCUUUGUGAUGGCAGCUGAUGGCAAUAUUAAACAUGGCUUUUAAUAAGAUUAAAGGGGGGGUGAAAUGCUCGCUUUCACACAAUAUCCUGUUAAUCUUGAGUACCUAUAGAGUAGUACUGCAUCCUUCAGAAGCUGUGACUUUACCAUGAGGGAAAACAAACCAUGUCUAACAGUCAGAUUCAGCGUAUAUUUAUGAUCCAGAAUCAGAUCCAGAGGCUGAAAUUUAACAAGAGCAGCAUCAGCAACAACGUCUCUAUGUGGUAUGUACUGAAACUGUAUAUAUUUGCUUAGCGGUUUUGGAAAAUGAGUAAGUUCCACUUUGUCGUCUUUUUUUUUUUUUUUUUUAAGCUCUACAUGUGGAAAGUGCAAUUUGAUGACAACAUCGCAUGUUGUUUACUUGAUGUGCUUACGCGCCGAUAGCUAAGUUAACAACACAGAGAUAUUUGAAGCAGUUUUACUCACCGCAUGCGGUUCCAACACACGAUCGUGGCCCUUUUUCGUGGGGACUGCAUUAUCCUUAAGAAAUAAACGAUGUGCAAAUGCUCUCAGUGCUCUGCUAUACUGGAGUGCGCGCUCUUCCGGCAGACGUGCCCUCAGGACCCAUAAAAGGAAAUUCCGCUCCAUCUAACGUCACACAAAGCCAUACUCGAAAAAAAUUUCCGAAACUUGUGACAAACCGGAAAGGAGUAUUUUUGGAACAGAAAUACUCCUUCAAACGUACAACUUAAUUUUUGAAACUUUGUCCAUGUUUAGCAUGGGAAUCCAACUCUUUAACAGUGUAAAAAACUCAGUAUGCAUGAAAUAGCAUUUCACCCCCCCCCCCCCCCCCCCCCUAAACAAUAUUUUCCUGGUUGAUUCUUAACACAACCUUCUGUACAUUUGGCUUUUGUACUUGUUUUUCAUUUGUGUAAACAUUUUGUACAUUUUGCUUUUUUGAGUAUUUUAUUUUAAUGCUUAUUCUAAUGCUGUAUUUGUAUAAAUGACUUAAAUAUCAGAUUUGCUUUCUGAUGGUCGCAUCUAGCAUAGGUUUACUUUUUUAUAAACAGUUAACUGAUCUUAGAAAGCUGUGCCUAGGAAGUGCUCCAGGUUUACUAUUUCAAAUGGUUUGACAGAUUCAGAUUCUGCUUUGAGGUGAGACGCAAAUUGUUUUGCCAAACCAUGUUUUUUAUUACUGUAAACCAGUACAAUUCUAAUCUAAAAGAGAAUAGCUUAGAAACAGUGAAAAUAAGUAUUCUUAACAGGUAAUUAUAAAUUAAUUACUUAACACAUCUUUAAACAGGUUAUCUAGGCAUGUUUUCAAGCACUUUUAUUGUCUCUCAGAAUAACAGUGUAGACUGUAAGUUGAGCACUGUAUUGCUAUUAUGCCAUUGUAAGACAUUGAUGGUUUUAAAUUCUGUUACAGUAUGGACUCUGUCAGAUGCCUCUGUAAUGUCAUGGUUAUCAGCGCAGUAUUUGAGUUAUGGACAGUGUAUAUUCCUUUUUAAGGAGUUUUGAGAACUCCAACCAAAAGGCUUUGGUUUUAUUCAGUAUGUAUAUAUUAAAUAUGGGCUAUACCUAUUUACAUUGUUAUUCUAUGUUUAAUUUAGAUUUGCAUAAAUAUAAGUUUUCUAAUCUUC